CCGUGCGCCACCAGGUUCAUCUCAUCCACUCCUCUCCUCGUACGCCUAUAAAAUCAUACACGGCUUCUUGCUCUCUCGGCGAUGCAAGCCAACUGAACCCACUCUCAAGAACAGAUACAGAUUCAGACUGGUGUUUCUGCUAGACUGCUACUGCAAGUGUUGGUAGCUAGAUCCUCUCUCUGCUUGUCGUUGUUGUUGUAGAAGAAGAAGCUGAUGUCGACGGUGACUCGUGCCUACCUCGACCAGAAGCUCGCCCUCGCAAAACGCUGCUCCAGAGAGGCGACGCUCGCCGGAGCCAAGGCGGCGGCGGUGGCGACGGUGGCAUCCGCCGUCCCGACGCUGGCGAGCGUGAGGAUGCUGCCGUGGGCGAAGGCCAACAUCAACCCGACGGGACAGGCGCUGAUCAUCUGCACGGCGGCCGGGAUGGCAUACUUCGUCGCCGCCGACAAGAAGAUCCUCUCGCUGGCGAGGAGGCACUCCUUCGAGAACGCACCUGAACACCUCAAGAACACCUCCUUCCAGGGCACCGGCCACCCUCACCCUGCCUUCUUCAGGCCAUGAGGAACACUGAACUUCACAGUGACUGAUGGAAGCCUGGAUAAACCGCUACUACUACAAUAUGGCUGUGCUUGCUGUGUAAUGGUUCUAUAAGUUGUAAUGUAAUUAAUUAGUUUUGAUGAUGAAGAUGAUGAUGAUGAAAUCAGUGAGAACUAGUACCUUGUUUUUUUUUUCA